AUGGAGCUGACUGUCUCUUUUUACUGUCUGCAUCACCUCAGCUCACCUUUCAUGGAGGAAAAGAAAAUGUCAAUGUGCAGUUUUACAGCUUUGUGUGUCUCUCAGUUCAAACGCUGCAAUGUCUGGAGUUUUACCGGUGCACAGACGAGAUUUGCGACUGGAUUUUUUAAAAUGAUUGGUCACAUGCUGUUUGGCUUUUUGUAUGACUUCUCAUAUUUAGCAUCUUCUUGUUUUUACCAUGUGUAUCAGAGCAGCUCGUCAAAGUCUCGCUUCGACACGCAGAAUAACAGCUUUUGUAAGGUACAUACUCAACAGAAAAUGGCAUAA